AUGGUGACGGUUCCAAUCUGCACUCCCGCGAUGCAAUACGGCGCAACCGCCGAGAUGCAUCCACUGCCAGCCCCCAUCCCGCCACAGUCACAACAGCAAUGUGUAGUCGCGAUGCUAGUUCCGGCUGGACAGUUCCCAUAUGCGGCGACACAGCCGUCUAUGAUGUGCCAGGCGGAGAAGUUCGGACCGCAGGUGGCUUUGGGGCCUCCGGUGCCCCAGGAGAUCAUGCACCCGAACAUGCAGAUGACCCCGGUCCUGAAACCUUUCCACGCGCCUGGCGUCGGAAGCAGCACCUGCAGUGAAGAUGAACAUGGUGCCGCUGCGAGAGAGCUGCCAUCUCCUCCCGACACUGCCUCGGAGGCUGAGCACCACGAGGGUCUCGCCAAGCUCAGCACCAGCGCCGCCCGGCGGCUGCGUCGAAAGCGGGCCUCCCAACGGGCGACGCAGGGCGCCGCACCGAAGCCCUGGGCCGGCACCGGUCCGGUUGCCGUGGGUCGAGUGUGGAACCCCGUGACGGAAAUCUUCGACACUGCUGCGUACGAAGAUCUGCAACAGCAGCUGCAGGGAAACUCUGAGCAGAUCUCCGCUGCCUUGGUGCUGUUGAAAGAUCAUGUUUGGGACCUGUCCUGCCAUCCUAUGGGAUGCCGCCUCAUCCAGCUGGCGCUCGAGCGUGCGAAGCCCCGCGAAGCAGCCGAGCUGGCAAGCGAACUCCGAGGCUGCUCGCAUGCCACGUCUUGGCCAGGUGAAAGUCACCCUUUGGUCCAGUUCCUUUGA